AUGUGUAAUUAAGGCGGGAGAUUAAUCAAAUUUGUUCAGUCUAUAAACCGUAAACCAGCUUAAAAGAAGAAAAACAAAAAGUUAAAAGAGCGCAUAAAAAGAAGAAGAGAAGAGAACCCGAUAAAGAGAGAAACAAUACAAAGAGGAACGGUUUUUGAAUUCAUGGCGGAUCUGUACGGAACUACACCACCGAGUUCGGGCCACGAGCCAGAAGAAAUCACUUCAUUUCUCAAUCAACUUAUCCAUAAUUCUUCAGCGUCGUCUUCUUAUUUAUUGCCUAAACCGGAGGAUCGAAAUAGAUUUGGCCGAUCGGCUGACCCGCUGCUUCUUGACUCCUCUUCACCAGCUGUUGUCAAUUUCUCUAACUUCAUGGUUUCUGCUUUGGAUUCUGAUACCAAUGACAGCGAGAAAGGUCUCGAGGCACCGGAGUUACCGUCAGAUACCGGAGGUCGAAAUAAAACGUCGUCCUCCAAAAGGAGCAGGGCCGCAGAGGUUCACAAUUUGUCCGAAAAGAGAAGAAGGAGUAGGAUUAAUGAGAAAAUGAGAGCUUUGCAAAAUCUAAUCCCGAAUUCUAACAAGACUGAUAAAGCUUCAAUGUUGGAUGAGGCGAUAGAGUAUCUAAAGCAACUUCAGCUUCAAGUACAGAUGUUAACAGUGAGAAAUGGAUUGAGUUUGCACCCAAUGUGGUUGCCUGGAGUACUAGAGCCAAUGCAAUUGCCUCAAACAGGAAUAGUCUUCGAUGAGGGCAAUGAGUUGCUGCAUACCAACAGGGGAACUAACAAUAUUUCUGCAAAUGAAGAAACUACAGUUCAGACUGCCUUUAAUCUUUCCAACCAAUGUAAUAUCUCAAAUCAGCCAAUUGCCAUACCUUCAGUGGCAGAUACUAACAUGCCAGAAACUCCAUUCGGACUUGAACCAUUGAUUCAGUCUCACUAUGAGCCCUUCAAUCUCCAAUCUUCCAAGGAAAUCUGCGGGGAAGUUGUACCACAAGUGCUUUUAGACAUGAAUUUCACUGGGAAGAGCUCUUCGUCGGGCGUGUCUUAGGCUCAGAAUUGGGUGUAUGACAAUUGUGAUGACCAUAUGAACAGCAGGUUUUGGUUAAACACCAUAGAUCAGCAAUCGAUCUCUUAAACAACUGAAAAUCUUACACUCUGAUCGGUUUAUUUAUGUAGCAAGGCAUAUUAGGUUGAACUGAUGACAUCCGUUUAACCAUAUAUAAAUCUUAUUCAUAAAGUUGUGUUGUUUUAUUAAAGUCAAGAUGUUUCUAUAUUUUGGAUGGAUGCUGCUAUUACAGCUACUGAACUGGAAUCUUGUUUGAUGGAUGUUCAAGAGAAAAGAAAUGGAAAUUUCCCAAUUUGCAUUCA